UUUGCACAGUUGGUCAGACGGGCCUCGAACCUGUGCCCUUCUCCCUUCCAGUCUGGCCUCUUAGCCACUACACCCCUGAGGACCUCUUAAGUAGAGCCUUUACACUCUACCUCAACUUCACUUUUUACACUUAGAACUACAAUUCCCAACCACCUUAGCUUCCCUCCAUUUGCAGACCAAUUUCAAAUGCCCCAAUCACAGACAGCCACAUACUCUCAUUUAGAUUGACUCACACUACAUCCAACCAACACCCUUCUUCCCAGAAACAAACCCCUUCCUCUUCCUAACUCCCCCCCUCAUUUCUAACUGAAAUACCAAACACACCAGCACUAGGCACUUUCUCCUCUGAUGCAGGAUUAGUUAUCCGAAACGUCAGGAGUUUUCCAAGGAGCAACACGGUAUUUCUGCUUUUAUUCCUUACUAGUUAAUCCAAUUGGUUUUAAAUUAUUUGAAAUAAAGAUUGGCUUUUAAAUUUUAACAAACACUGUAAGAGGACUACCCUAUCCACCUGCCUGACCACAUGGAUUAGCAUGCUAGCACAUAUCUGGACUGUUUGCUAUACACCUGGCUGUCAAGACUGUGCUCUCUUUCAUGAACUUGGACUGCAACCUCACUCUUUUGGAGGUAACCUGAGCAAUCUACCAUCUGGAACACUACUCUGUGGAUCUUUAACAUCAAACCCAACACAAGCAUGAGGUAUGCGAACCUAGGUCUGCGCUACAGGUUCCACCCAAGUGGGAGGGGUAGACCCAGGACAGUCCAAACCAUCAAGGGUGAUGAUGAGCAAGGGAAACAAAAAAGCUAACCAGCUUACAAAACCCAAUGCUGAGCCCUCCACCUCCACAGGUGUAGAACUGUCUGGGGCUCCUACUCCCUCCCCCCUACCUCUACACAAACCCUCACCUACACCACAUUCUACACAACCCCUGUCCCCUAGGCCCCCUCUUCUUCGGACUCCUACAGUCCCACUUCUCUCUCUCCCCCUCUUCUCUCCUACCUAUCACAAAUGGUCCAACAAUAGACUUCAGGAGUGGCACAUCAGACCUAACAAACCCAUAUUAUUCAUAGGCGAUUCCAAUCUGGCCCGUAUUCCCCCUCAUCCAUAUCCCAACAUACAGAUAGACAGCUAUCCAGGUGCCACAGCCAACCACAUGAACCGGUUACUUGAGAAAACUUCCCCACAAGAAGCCGUUGAGCUGUUAGUCCUGUCGGUGGGUACCAACAACAGAGAACACAAUGCUAAGGCCACCACCAACAAACAACUUAACAAAAUGUUUAAGUUGGCCACCAAAGUUUUCCCCAACGCCAACAUUUAUGUCCCGGUCAUCAACUUUUCCCCCUCUAUUCACCCACACUACAAAUACAAUCUCACCGAGAUUAACCGCUACAUCACCACCCACCUCCCCCACCUCCAACCACUUCCAGCAGAUCAAUUUUCCACCACACUUGAUCACAUCCACUGGACCCCAGAAGUGGCUUCCAAAAUCCUCCACUUCUGGUGCACACAACUAAAUUUAACCUUUCACAGACCCUAAAUCAGGACACACCCUCACACACCCUGAAUCACACUUCACCUCACACUGACUCCCUCAUCCUCAACUUGUCCAAGUCCCUUAUUCUCUCCCCUGUACAAACUGCACUUCUAGAAAAAGGUCUUUCUUUUAUUCCCACACCCACCAGCCAGGACCGGGAGGGACUGCGAAGGGACAUCCAUGGUUAUCAUAGACGCUUGAAAUUACAUGAUCAUUUUAAACACAAACCCCACCGUGAGCCCGUCCCCUUCACUCUCCCCUCCACCUGGGAACCUGACUCUUCCCAGGUGGAUGGGAGACUACGUACCCUUAUUAGACAAGAUCUCCAUUCCCUGUCCACCUAUCUCUCCCGCCCUUUUGACUCCAGCCACCCCAACAUCUCCCCAGCAGAAAAAAGAGCAAUUUUCCAACUUUGCCACAACCCAAACAUCAUCAUUAAACCAGCCGACAAGGGUUCCAAAAUAGUUAUUCUAGACACUCACCAAUACCUCCUAGAAGCCAACAGGCAACUUUCCAACCCACUCCAUUACAAACCCAUCACUCAAUCCCUUCAACCCAAAGCACAAGAAAAAGUUCGCAAUCUGGUCCUCUCACUAUAUACCAAUCAUUCCAUAACCAAAAAACAAUUUGAUUUCCUGAUCGGACCAGACCAACCCAGACCCCGUGCCUUUUAUCUUCUCCCCAAAAUCCACAAGCCACCUGACUCAUGGACAAUUCCCUUCGCAGUCCCUCCUGGUAGACCUAUAGUGUCAGAUUGUAGUUCCACCACUUACAACAUUUCUUUUUUCAUAGAUCACUUUCUUAAUCCCCUCUCCACUAAACACCCCACAUACAUACAAGACACAUAUGAUUUCAUACAUAAAAUCCGGCCCAUGGCAGUUCCCAACCAUACUUACCUGUUCACCAUCGAUGUUGACAGUCUCUAUACAAACAUAGACACCAUCUCAGGCCUUCAAGCAGUACAGCACAAGUUUACUCAAUUUCCAGAUCCCACACGCCCGGACAAUACUUUACUUCAACUUUUAGAAAUCUGCUUAACCCAUAACGACUUUGAAUUCGACGACAAACUGUUUUUACAAAUCCAUGGAACUGCCAUGGGCCAGAGAUUCGCCCCCGCAUAUGCCAACAUCUUUAUGAGCGAGUGGGAGCAAGAAGCCUUAGCCAAAUGUCCCCUGAAACCCCUCUUUUUCUAUCGCUUCCUGGAUGAUAUCAUCGGCGCCUGGACUCACACACUAGACCAAUUCACUGACUUUAUGAACAUACUCAACACGCACCACACUACAAUUAAACUGAAAUCCACAAUUGACCUUCACUCAGUCAAUUUCCUGGACACCACACUUUUUCUUACACCAUCCACUCCAACACAUAGUUCCCUCAGUACUAAAAUUUUCUUCAAACCCACUGAUACGCACGCACUUUUGCAUAAAUCCAGUUACCAUCCCAAACACACUUUCCGAGGCAUCAUUAAAUCUCAAAUCAUUCGUUUCCACCGUAUCUGCACUUUUCCCACAGACCUCCAGGAAGCGAUAGAAAUUCUCUUUAGAGCCCUCCGCCCCCGUGGAUACUCAAAGAGAUUUUUAAGGAAAAUUAAAACAGACACCCUGACCCUUCUUGCUCCCACUCGCUCAGACACUAAUUCUCCUCCCACCAUAAUGGCCCCCCCCAACCCCACUCCUGACCCCAACCCCACUGCCACACCUUUCAUUCCACUAGUUACUACCUUUUCACAACCCACCACACAUUUGCACCACACUCUCAAACAACACUUCACUCACUUUCAGUCCUCCCACACUCACUUCCAACAUCACAGACUCAUCUCAGCCUUCCGUAAAAACAAAAACCUUCAAGACCUCCUCAUUAGAUCACGGUUCUCUAGGAAGCCCCCACUCAAGCCAUCACCACAGGACUCCUUCUUCAAACCACAACACUUCAUCACUAACCUUCACUCACACCUUUCUGCCCCUAACACACCCCUCUCACUAGACACCACAAAUGCUGUCUACAUCAUCACAUGCAAUAAAUGUCACUUACAGUAUAUAGGAGAAACAGGUCACUCAAUCAAAACCAGACUCAAACAACAUCUAUACACCAUUUCUAGGAACUCACGCACCACCCAUAUAGUUACACAUUUCCAGCAACACAGCACUGCACACCUUGGCAUUUGUGGUCUCGAGAGCAACCCCGGCUGGACCCGAGCACAGAGGCAACGAGCAGAACGGAGCUGGAUAAAUAAACUUCACACUUUCUUCCCCCUUGGUCUCAAUUAAUCCACUCCUCUGUUUCCUUCUGUUUCUCAAUAGCUACAUCUUUCCUUCCCCUUUUCUCCCA